AUGGCUUUCCAAGAAAUACAAUGCACAUUAAACUUGGAGGCGUGCAUGUCUAUUAAAUCUGUUAAAUACCUCUAUAAACAUAUUUAUAAAGAUCAAGAUUGUGCCAACAUUGAGAUCAAUGAACGUAUUGAUCAUGAUGAGGUGCAGACAUUUUUAGAUGCGCGGUAUGUCAGUGCACCGGAAGCUAUAUGGCGUCUUUUUGAAUUUACCAUGCACCAGCAAUCUCAUGUUGUCCAUAAAUUGCCAGUGCACUUUCCAAAUAACCAUAUUGUUUAUUUUCAGCAAGGACAGGCUGAGGAGGCUCUAGACAGAGCUGCAGAUCAGGCCACAAAAUUAAAAGCUUGGUUUGUGUUAAAUGCAGAGAAUCAUGAUGCUCGCCAAUAUAUGUAUCCAAAUAUUCCUCUUCACUUUGCUUUUAAUAAGAACAAAGUUUGGAAACCAAGACAACGCGUCAUGGUAAAAUUGUGUCCAGAAUAUUUACGAACUGUCAAUGGCAAUGUUGCUGAAACAUUUCGUGACGCCUGUUUACUGCGUGAUCUCCUGCAAGAUGAUACUGAAUGGAACAAUACUUUGCAGGAAGCUGUUAACUUUCAGAUGCCUCGGCAAUUAAGGCAACUGUUUGCUGUGAUACUUACUCACUGCGAACCUUCUGAUCCUUUUACUUUGUGGAGAAGGUACAAGGACGCAAUGUAUGAAGAUUAUAUUCGCCAACAGAAUAAGGAACAGGCUGAGUACAGCCUGCUUCAAGAUAUUAAUUCUGUACUUGGGCAAUUUGGUAAAUCUCUUACUGAUUAUAAUCUUCCUCAUUUAGAUGAAUUACCCCCAGCUGAAAACAUUGAUGUAGCUAUGGAGGCUGAAAGAGCUGCUCAACUAAGGGUUCAACUUACUGACGAACAGACUGCACUGGCUAAUGCAGUCAUAGAAGCUGUUAUAAAUGUUGCUAACAAUGCAGCCCAAAACAACCGUCUGUUUUAUUUAGAAGGUCCUGAUGGUAGUGGGAAAACCUUUACUUAUAAAUACGUUAUUUCUGAACUUGCAGAGAACAGAACAUGUAGUAUAACUCCGGUUUCUGCUUAUGCUGCAGAAUUGCGACAAAAGAGACUCUUUUUACUUGAUGAAGCUUCCAUGAUUCCUAAGCACGCUUUUCAUUUACUGCCUGUUGUCAGACAAGGAAAAGCAACUGAACUUGAGGACAUGUGUUUAAAAAGUUCUCCAUUAUGGCACUUGGUUAAAGAAUUUCCAUUACAUGGAAACAUGAGAACAAGGCCAGGAGAACAACAAUUUGCUGCAUGGCUUCUGCAACUUAAGAAAGGUGUUUUAACUGUUUGGGAGCAAGAACCUUUCCAAGGUGCAACUGAAGUACCAUCCCAAUGUGUGAUACAAAAUGAAUGUAUUGUUGAUACUUUGUUUAGGGAUCUUUCACCGGAAAUUAUGGCAUCAUCUGUGGUACUAACACACACAAAUGAUGACUCACUUAUCAUUAAUGAUCAGGUGUUGGCGCUGUUGCCUGGUGAAGAAAAAGUUUAUUUUAGCGCAGAUGAUGUUGUGUGUGAUAAGGAGGAGGAACGGAAUCAAUAUCCGUUAGAAUUUUUAAAUAGUAGCACACCUUCAGGUAUGCCUCCUCAUUGUCUUAAAUUAAAAUCUAGUGCUAUUGUUAUGUUAUUAAGAAACAUAAACAUAAAUAAUGGUUUAUGUAAUGGCACUCGACUAAUUAAAAGACAACUGUGUCGAUGCUGA